AUGGAUGGAGGCAAAAAGUUAUCACAGUUCUGCAUUAGUAGUAGCUGCCUUAAGCACUGUUCUGUUCACAAGGCCUUGUCAAAAUGUUUCAGAUUGAUUUCAUCAGCUAACGUUUUGUUCCAGGUGAACAUCCCGAAGACCCGCAGGACUUACUGCAAAAAGUGCAAGAAGCACCAGCCCCACAAAGUUACCCAAUACAAGAAGGGGAAGGAUUCCCUUUAUGCACAGGGUAAGAGGAGAUACGACAGAAAGCAGAGCGGUUACGGCGGUCAAACGAAGCCGAUUUUUCGUAAAAAGGCUAAAACUACAAAGAAAAUUGUGUUGAGGCUUGAGUGCGUGGAACCCAACUGCAGAUCUAAGAGAAUGCUGGCCAUCAAGAGGUGCAAGCACUUUGAGUUGGGUGGUGACAAGAAGAGAAAGGGCCAGGUCAUCCAGUUCUAAGCUGUGGUCAUUCCUCUGGAUGAAGUUGUCACUAUUUUCAAUAAAUAUGUUGAAACGUUC